AUUCGUCGCGCGAACCUCCGCGCAUGCGUCCGUACGCGAGUGACUUUUAUCAGUGACAGUUGAUCUACAAAAUGACCGCCAAAAUUUACAUUUUAUUUCUGGUGCUGGCCACGGGGAUGGCAGCGAGACACCGACCUCGUCUGCAACAGCCCAUCGAUGCUUACGAGUAUGAACCGGAGGCGCAGGACAGAGCUGACUCGAGAGUUGUGUUAGUAUCACCGGAGGCAUACGAGUCCCUGUACCAGGCACAAGACAGAAAUGACGAAGAAUACGAGACGAGACCAGUUCAAAGACCGCAGCCACGCGCUAAGCAGUCCCAGACUCACGAGGGACCAAAACAGCCGCCUGUACAGACUAUCAGAAACUACAAUAAGGUAAAUGAUGACGGUAGCUUCACUUUCGGCUACGAGGCGGCUGAUGGUUCAUUCAAAGAAGAAACCCGAGGAACAGACUGCGUGGUUCGCGGCAAGUACGGCUACGUAGACCCUGAUGGCAACAAGAGGGAGUUCACCUAUGUGUCGGGUAACCCAUGCGACCCCAACAAACCAGAUGAAGACGAACAGGAAGUUAACGCUCCAGAGUCAGCGGAGAGAGACGACGGAGUCCCAAACUACCCGACAAGAACUGCACAGAGACCGACAACUACUCGACCAACGACUACGUACUUCCAAAACGACUUCCGUGACGCUGACGAAGAUGAGGCUGAAGAGGAACCUUUACAGCAUAUCAGACAGCGUGUCGUUCAACGUCCACAGCCAGUUAGACCUGUACUUCGGCCAGCAUAUCCAGCUCAGCAAGUGUCCAUCACUCCCCGCCCACUCCAAGCUACAACACCAAGAAUCUUACCACCUGCAACGACAUACAGACCUCAACUCGUGCAAGUGACAGCUAAACCUCAAAUACAAUACAGUCCCGAGCCAAACUACGCUCCAUCGCCAACACCUGCAGUCCUAACAUCUUCACGACCGGGGCAAAUUGACUUUGCAGCUGAAUUCGCAAAGUUCAACAGAGAAAACCAACAAUUGCAACAACAAUCUACGACGCCGUCUGGGUUAGGGAACCCGAAAUCUACAAUUUCCGCUAGUCCAGCUCCUAGUGGUAAUCCUUUGUAUUCUACCGAAUUGGUCUACGAUCCUUCCAGCGGACAAUACAACACCCAACUGUUCCAAGCUUUACCGCAGACAAAGGGUGAAUUGAACCUUAACCAGAGACUACAACCUUAUGUAGCUCAACAGCAACAACAACCCCAAAGGCCAUUUAUCCCAUCUCCUCAAAUCCCUUCAGGUGCUUCUGUGCCUAACACUCUUUACAGGCACCAACUGCAGCAAACGAAUCCACAAGAACUUUAUCAAAGGCAGCAGGCUGAGAGUCAGUUCCAAAGCUCUGCCCAAUUGUUCGCUCAGCAACAACAGCUUCAGCAAAGUCAGUUACAGAGAGACAGAGCUGCAGCAAGGGCCCAGGCGCAAAGAUUAACUCAGCCACAAGCUGUGAGAGCGCAAGCAGCACCACAGUACUACUACGUCCCGAGGUCCGGAGGUGAGAACUUAUCUUCUGGACAGAUCGACGCAUUCUUAAGAGGUCACGGAAUCCAAGUAUAGAUGUAUAUUUUUAACUAGUUAGUAGGCAACUGCCGGCCGACACGAGUCCUUCCGGCCAUAAAAAUAAUCAAGAUUUUUCGGUCGCAGUUGUGUUGAAUCUAGUUGGACUGUAAUGAGUGGCCGUGAGUGUACAUACGUCUAAUCAGUACCUUAAAAUAAUAAAAAUAGAGAUAAGAAUUGAAUACACUUUUGUACUGGAAUGUCCCCUACGUCAACUUAGGGUUGCCUGUAAAAAUAAUAAUUAUUUUGUAAUAUUUUGUUUUUAUAAUAAAUUAUACUUUUUUUAUAAUA